AUGGAUUCUACAGACCACGCCAACGCCUCUGAGCCCAACCCUGCCACCCAGGCCGUCCCGGGCGCCCCACCGCCCACCGCCGACAUCAACGACGCCGUCGUGUUGGCCCUCCUUCUUGAUCACUGCGACACCUACGAUGCAGUCCUGCACGCACUGGGUCCAUUUGCCAGCAUUGAUGUCAUCAUCCGCGAGUCCUCCCACAAGCGCCGCAAGACCAAGGCCAAGCGCCGCAAGGCCAAGGCCAAGCGCCGCAAGGCCAAGGCCAAGCGCCGCAAGGCCAACAACUGUUCUUCCACCGCUUCCACUGCCUGCCGUGUUCAAACCACAUCGGAUUUUCUUGCCACCUACCCUUCCACCGGCCUUAUCCCCGUCCGGUCCUUCGAUAGCAUCCAACGCCUAAGCCAGCUCCAGAUUGCGACAGAGCUCGCGACCCCCACUGACUGCAACUAUAUCGCCAAGGUCUCAGAGUUCCGUACUGUAACUCACAAUUUUCUUCACCGGCGUGUCACUGUGGCCAUUUUUGCUCCCAUGGGCUGCGGUAAGUCCUGUCGCCUCAAUCAGCUCGUGGCCGAUAUGCAGACUCUUGCUACCAUUGCUGUCAAGCAAGAGCCAGAUCUGCCCAUCACUGAUCUCAUAGACUUCUUUGGGCAGUGGCCACUGCCGUCUUCGGCGGGCGCCAACUCGGUCACCACCGUUCCGGUCCACCUCGUCUACAACCGCGAGCAGCUCAUCGUCCGCAUCGUCGACCGCGAGACGCGUACGCCCUGCUCAGAUCCUGUAAGCAUCUCGCCUGUCGAGUGGCGUACCAUGCCCGCCGUCAUUGCCUCCGCCUCCGCCUCUGCCCCUCCUGGCGCCGUCAUCGAGGCUGUUGGCCCCUGGAAGACCGGCCCCUACCUCGAGCCGGUCGACGUCCCCGGCCUCGGCCCCAAGGCCUCGCCCGACGACAUCGCCGCCGCCAUCGCCGCUAUCGACAUCAUCUGCGUCAUCACCCGCCGUGUCGCCAUCGCCAACAACCUGCAACACCUCAUGCAGGCCAUCGCCUCCCGCCCCAUCGACGACGCUCGCGUUCCGUUUGUUGUCAACCUCUGCAACGUCGACGCCUCUAGCCUUGGUGACGACGACAACGCCAAACUAACGGAUGCUAUCAUGACCUGCCUCUUGGCCAUUGACCCGGCUUCCGUGCCUGUCAACACCAAUCCGUGGCCUUUUCUUCGCCAGAUCGCCCGCACCGCCCGCGCCGCAUCGUCCCCGCACCUCUUCCUCGACAUCACCAACCUCAAGUUGCUUAGUGUUGCCGCCUCGUGCCUCCUCGAUUUUUCUACUCGUGCUCACGCCUGGCUUGCGGAUAUGGUCGAGUGGGCUUGUGCAGCUGCCGGCAGCACCGUCGCCAACGCUGCCUCCCGCAUCGUUCGCCGCGUCCGUACCCUGGAAGUCAACGAUCUCGCUCCAGUCAACGCCGACGUCACCGACAUCAUCAACACCUCUGUCGACACCAUCCGGAACACCAAGGCUUGUUACGACCAGGACUUGGGCCCCACCAUCGACUACCUUACCGGUUCGUAUGAUGUCAACAUCCUCGCAGAGCUCAUUGUGGAAAGCCUCAAUGAGCCUCUUCGAUUCCCUGACCACGCAACUGACUCCAACACGCUCGUCCAGAACACGGACGAAGUUGGCGCUGCUCUCCUCUCGACCACAUGCAACAUGAUCGACGACGCAGCUCGCACUGUCUCCGACAGCAUCAGGCACAGCCUGGAGAUCAACAUCCGCAACCGCGACAAGGACGCUCUGUCUCUCUUGAUGGUCCCCGACACCGCCAGCAUUACCACCAUCUCUCGUUCUGCUGAGAAGCGGUUCCUUCACGAGCUCCACGCCGCUAUCACAGCAGCCGACCGCGAUGCCGUCACUGCCGCUGUCGCCGCACUCCUCAUUGCCAUCCGUUCUUGGGUCGUCAAGGCGUUCAACAAGGCCAUUCAGAAGUGCUACCUCGCCGCGACCUUUGCCAUCAAGCCGCCAACGACGCCCAACCUCCGCUUUAACGAGUUCAAGUUGGCCGUUGAGAAGCUCAGAGCCGACUCGAGCGCAGUCGUCAUCGCCAUCAAGAACGCCCGCUACAACACCGCCAGCAACCUGCGUGCUAUCCUCACCGCGGAAAACGACGAUCCCAGCAUCGUGGCCGCCGUAGCAAACAACCUCCGCGGAGAUCUCGAUCCCGUCGCCACAACCAUCUCGUUCUCCCUCACCGACGCCUCUGCGACCCCCCACGACUACACCACCAUCAACCGUCUCUCAAGCUGCCGCGCCAACUUGUUCCCUCCAGCACCUGGAGCUGACCCGCCCGCCGUCCUCAUGCUCGACAUCGCCAACGACCGCUCGGACGUCACGCUUGCUGCUGCAAUCUCAGACACCAACAAGUGCGAGUACAACGAUUUCAUCACCGCCAACAGCGAUGCCAACGGCCCGCUCGCUGUCGUCGAUGUCUCCAUCGCCCACACCGCUCCGUCCUCCCUCGAAGAUGCGGUCGCAUGCUACCACAACACCCUCUCUGGUAUCCCGUGGCUUGGCAACCAUCUGAUUCGCGUCCCUUGUGACGCCAGUCGCAUCGUGUUUGUGGCACAGGAGCCCAUCUUGAUUGAGGCGUUCAUGCACUUCCUCGCUGCCACUAACAAGCACGCGAUCGGCGAGUCGUCGUACUUCGCCGUCGUCUCCACCUCCACAACUCCACUCAUCGCCGAGGCUCUCGCCGCCAGCCUGGCUCUUGCCCGAUUCUCCACUGAGGGGCCGAUCUCGGCCCAUGCCGGCGCGCAUGCCUUUGGCAUUGUCGUCGACAUCACCUACGACCGCAUCCUCGAGUUUACCCGCGUCACACAAACCAACACCACCGCUUCCAUCGGCCGGAUCAACGCCACAAUCAACAAGUGUGUCGCUAUGGAUGUCGAGAACCGCCGCCUUAACGCUCUCGAUGCUGCCACUCUUCUACCCGAUGCCAAAAACAUCCGUUACGUCCGUCCCGGCAUCCUCGACGCCAGCACCGUCCAUCCGCGCUGCUACAUCGAGAUGGCCAACCGUACAAUCUCCUACGACGAGCUGGCUCAGCUCGCACUGGUGGCUCGAUCCAAAAACCCCGACUCGAACGUCGUCAGCGGCUUCUACAACGCCAUCCAUCGUCCCUCGCCGGGCAUCGUCGGCCUUGGCGCCACCGGCGACGUGCCGCAAGGUGUGCGAUCGGGCACCAAGAUCGUCCGCUGCAUCAAGACAAACUGCAAGCCCAACGCAGGCCUGGUCUUCAUCUCCACCACUACCCUUCCCGCCAUCUUGGCCCUGCCGGCCCUGGAUCCCGCCAACCUGCCCGCGCGCGACGUCAUCACGAGCCGCCGGCUGUGGCGCCAGGCAGCUGCUGCCGGCCGCGGCGCCGUCAUCAUCGACUGCUGGCAGGUCCGGGCUACCACGCUCAACCCGCGGUCCGCCACCUCAAACGACACCGCCUUUUCCAGCACUCCGCAUCAACUCGCCCGGAUGCGCCAGGCAAGCAACUUCUCGGAGCCGUCGCCGUCGGAGACGUCGCCGUCGCGGGGGACGUCGCCGCCGCUGUCGCGCAAGCGUCGUCGCGGCGAUCACCGCAGCCUCGACGCCAGCAACACCGACUCGAGCCAGCCGCCGGCUAAGAUGCGCCACGGCCUGCUCUAA